AACCAUAUAAAUUUUUUAUAUAUUUUCUAAAAUAAAACGUAAAAAUAUAAAAAUGACAAUUGCAAUUGGAUUUGAAGGUAGUGCAAAUAAAUUAGGUAUUGGAAUUAUUCAAGAUGAGAAUAUUUUAUCAAAUGUACGGCAUACGUAUAUUACUCCACCAGGCGAAGGAUUCCUACCUCGUGAAACUGCACAACAUCACAGGGAAUAUAUCCUCAAUAUUCUACAAAAAGCAUUGGAUGAAGCAAAAAUAACGUUAAAGGAUGUGGAUGUGAUAUGUUAUACAAAAGGACCAGGAAUGGGAGCACCAUUAACAGUUGCUGCAUUGGUAGCAAGAACAGUUGCUCAAUUAUAUAAUAAACCAAUGAUUGCAGUAAAUCAUUGUAUUGGUCAUAUAGAAAUGGGACGAUUGAUAACAAAUUGUAUAAAUCCAACUGUUUUAUAUGUUUCUGGUGGAAAUACUCAGAUUAUUGCAUAUUCUCAUCAAAAAUAUCGUAUUUUUGGUGAAACAAUUGAUAUUGCUGUUGGAAACUGUUUAGAUCGCUUUGCAAGGUUAUUAAAACUUUCAAAUGAUCCUAGUCCUGGUUAUAAUAUAGAACAAUUAGCAAAGAAAGGAAAAAAAUUAGCUUCAUUACCUUAUGUAGUAAAAGGGAUGGAUGUGUCUUUCUCAGGAAUUUUAAGUUACAUAGAGGAACACCUUUCUUCUUGGCUUGAUUCAAAUGAAUUUACUCCAGAGGAUUUAUGUUUCUCUUUACAAGAAACAAUAUUUGCUAUGCUUAUUGAAAUUACUGAACGAGCAAUGGCCCAUGUAAAAUCAUCAGAAGUAUUAAUUGUUGGAGGUGUAGGAUGUAACGAAAGAUUACAAGAUAUGAUGAGAAUUAUGUGUAAGGAAAGAAAUGCAGUACUUUAUGCCACCGAUGAACGGUUUUGUAUAGACAAUGGUGUGAUGAUUGCUGUAGCUGGAUUACUCCAAUUCAAGAGUCAAGGACAUACUCCAUGGACAGAAACAACUUGUGUACAAAGAUAUAGAACAGAUGAUGUACAUGUUUCUUGGAGAAAAUAA